AUGAGCCGCUGGCAGCAGACAUUCUUACUUCUCACAGCAUUGUUGCUUUCCUCCGCCACUGUGUGCUUUCUUGCCGAUGCCACCGCCACCUCCCCAGACGUGCACCACUGCGGCUUCGACGACGUGAUGUACAAAAAGGGUGUACAAAACAUUAUAAAGAUUGUACCCAAGCAAGGAGAGGAGAGUAUACAGCCAUACUUAGUUUCCACAGACGAUGAUUGGGACACCAUCCGCAUCAAUGUGUCUAUGAAGGAUCUGCAGAGCGAAUCAAAGUAUUGUAAGAAGGGAGAUGCAGAAAAACGUGAAACCCGACCGGACUUCCUUGGGGAAAAUGUUCCGUGCACCAAGGAAGCAGAAAUUACUCCUGAAAAGAUGAAAAAUCUUACGGAUGUAAUUAUUCCUGAGGCUGUU